ACAAUCCACCGACAACGAUCGCGCGAAGUUGUUUUGCGUUUUGCUUUUGUGUAUUUUUUUUCUUCUCUUCCUUCGAAUUCUCCGUUCGCGGCGUUCGAGCGGCGCGCAUCGUGUGUGACAGACAGAGAAAGAGAAACAGCAAAUGGGCAGCUAUAGUGACGAAGUGAGAGAAUGAGAACGCGCGACGACUCGUCGGGACGCAAGCAAGUGAAGUUUAUUGCAAUUGUUUCAAUAGUGCAGUCACACACACACACACACACACACACAUGCACGGGCGCGCAUAAUUCCGCGAAGUGGUGUGUUCAAUAGUGCGGAUUUCGAUUGCAUUUGGUUUUACUCGGGAAACGCCAAACGAGCAGCAGCCGCAGUGCUUGCCAGCGAACACGGUGAAAUUCUCCGGGUUUUGUGUUCCGUCGUGGAAGAGGAAGCUUCUUUUUGUUCGGUGCGCGGCGUUCAGUUCUUCAGCUCGUCAUUUUCGCGUGCGUUUGUGUGGAAUUUGUUUUCCUACUUUCGGAUUGUGCAUUGUUUUUCUUUUCUUUUUUUCGUGCCUCGUGUUGCCCGGAGACGACGACGAAUGGCUGCUGCUGGCGAUUCGGGGGAAAAUGUCAUCGAGCGCGCGACGGUUUCGGGAAACUUGCGUGGAUAAAACCAUUAUUUUCGAGUGCUAUUGAGUGCGUGAAGGAAGGAAGCAAAGAAAAAAUCGAGUGGGAAAAAUCGCCGAAGGUGAAAAGUGGUGACGGCGGUGUGCAGUGAAAAAAAAGGGAAACAUUCGUCCAAGAAGAGGUGUAUGUGUUUGUGUUUCUGCGCUUCUGUUGGUAUGCUGCAAUGAAAAGAUACGCGAAGGGCAAGAAGCAAGCGGAAGAAAGGCCAGUUUGAGAAAAUGGGGCGAAAGAGAAGAAGUUAAAUGAAAAGAGAGAGAGAGAGAGAGAGAGAGAGAGUAAAAAAAAGUAUCCAAAUCUAAUGUUUUGAGUGUUUUUUGCGAGUCGUACUAAUUUGCCGAAUAUUUCGCAUUCAGAAUGGCAAUGCGUAGUGUGUUUUGAUAGAAUUUUGAAGCUAGAUUUGAAUCGGAAGGAAGCUAAUCACAACAAUAAACAAAGAAGAAACGACGAAGACGACAACGGCCUCCGCUCUGUAAUAAUAAAUACGCUGGUAAACGAAUACAAUUGCAGCUCUUCAGAAGAGAACUGCAAAAGGCAAAACUGACGGAAAUUGCGAAAACGGCAGAAGACAGAAGAGUUUGGGGCAAACAAUUUAAACGUUUUGGACUCAUUCCGGAGAGCACCGGAUAAUUGUAUCAGCUGUGUGCGGAACGAGAGCGGAAGCAGCGCAGGAGGAGGAGAAUCACAAGGCAACUGUUUACGCGGCGGCGAACUCCUGCUCGAAAAGGUUCCAUAUUUGGGUGUCACCAUGUACUGAAACACUCACCUCACACACGCGCUGAGCCGAGAUAAGUAGACCCCAUAAUAGGCUUAUGGAGGAGCGAAUCCCAAAGGUCUCGACGUAAUACCCCCGAACGCUACAUCACCCGCGUGCGCAUAACCGAAGAUGAUAAUUAUAACGAUGAUGAUGAUGAGGAUGAUGCUGAUGGUUUGGUCCGUUGGUCGUGAAUCACCGUUGGAAGCCCAGUAAAAGCCCCGAUUACAGAGCCCAAUCGGAGACCCAAAGGCGCGCACGCAUUACUGCAUAAUAGCGGAUCGCUAUAAUGUAGCCGCCGUCGGGGAUUAAUCCAAGAGUGCGUGUUCCAAAUUACGUCACCGUUCCGAGACCCCCCUGAGAUCUCUCUCUAUCUCUCGAAUUCUGUGUGCUCGAUCGACCGACCGGAAAUUGAUCAUUCGGGUUAAUUUUCCAACUCACACACACACACACAUACACACAUACACACAUACACACAUACACACGCACAGCAAUGGCCGAAAUGAAUCCUACGAUGCCAACGCUGGCGGCGGGGAGACAGUUCUCCCAAGGUGCUCCAACUCCCGCGAUUCGAACCUCAUCGUUGCCCACCGCCAGCAGUGUCCAACAGGCCCCGCAAGCCUCUAGAGCACCUCAGCAACAGUCGCAACAACAACACUUCCAGCCGCAAGUGAUCGUCGCGGGAGCUCCGAUGACCACAACGCAGCCGACGCAGAAUCUCCAGGUUGGAAAUCAACAGAUUUUUAACAGUACCGGCCUGUUGAGCGGACCACGGCUCGUAGUUUUGCAUCGGCACAAUGGCGACUUUGGGUUCACCUUGCGGCACUUUAUCGUCUACCCACCUCCGGAAGCAACCACGGACCCUCAAACUGGACGCCUAGCAGCGGCCGCCGGAAUGCCAAACUUUGCCCAACCCAUGGAUACGGUGUUCGUGAAGAAGGUCCACCCGAACUCGCCCGCCUUUCUUGCCGGCCUUCAGGAAGGGGACCGACUGCUGGCCGUGAACGGACUCUCGGUUACCAGUAUACCGUACGCUCAGGUCGUGGCCACCAUUCAGCAGACCCCGAAGACGUUGACUCUGCAAGUGGUGCCGAAGAACUAUGAUCUGCUACAAACGUACUUCAGCGAAACGGCUUAUAAUCCGGAGACGAACCAGCGGCCCCAACCGCAGCAGCUGUUUGUUCCGAAGGUCUGUUCAACGCCAAAUCCACGGAUAGGUUGUGGUGGUGGCGUGAAGCGGGUACUUACGGACGUCCAAGAGAAGCAGGAAUCUCUGUACAGCACACUGCAGGAAAUCGUUGAGAAUGUCGCUCCCCCCACUCCGAUGGUAGCUGCAGCUGCGAUUAACAAGGUUAUUUAUGCGGAAGUUCCCAAGACACGGCAGCAACCUCUGGUAGCACCAGUGGAAGCCCCCACAAUGGUCGGAUUGCAGCAGCAGCAGCUGCAUUACCACCAGCAGCAACAACGCUCUAAGCCUGUAGUGUUUGAUUUCGAUCCGAUCAAGCAGCAACAUUAUUUUGCGCAGCAGCAGCAACAGCAGCAGCAGAAGCUGUUGCAGCACAGUAAAGACAAUGACUCCAUUAGUUCGUACGAUUCGGUGAAAUCGGUCGCAACUCUUUCGGCCAACGAUAUCCUCAUGGGUAGUGGAGGUGACAGUGCAAUAAUGUCCCGGCUGCGAAAGAGUUUCGAGCAGAAGGAAGAAUUCCUACGGCGCCCAGCGCCCGUCCCUCCUCAGCCUCAGGCUUCCUUCGAUGUCCAGCAACGGGAGUUCUACGGCCGACCAAAUCGGCUGCAAAAAUCCGUCUGGCCUCCGCCUCCAGCUCCCGGACAACAACAACAACAACACCUUCAGCAACAACAUUUGCAGCAGCAGCAGCCACAUCCGACCACAACAACAACAAUGCCUGUGAUAAACACCACCGAUCUGGAACCCGUAGCGAAAAUUCCAUCGAAGAUGUCCUCCGGGACGCAAACGACGUCGAUUCCAACGAAACCAGCCCCAAUUGCCACCAGCAACAACAGCAGCCUAGCUGCUGUAUCCCGGGAGCAACACACGUCCCAUUUGUCCGCCAUCCGGGAGCAAUUCUUCAGCGGAGUAAACGGUUUGAACUAUCAGCAACAGCAGCAGCAGCAACCGCAGCAGCAGCAACCGCAACAGUAUCAACUACAACAACAGCAGCAGGCACAUCAGCAGCCACAUCAGGACGAGGUCUGGGUUCCGCCUCGAUCGGCUCCUGCGUCGCUGGCCGUGCAACGGGACCAGCUGCACCAGAAUCAGCUGAGCGGAUCGCAGUCUACGCUUCCGCUGUUGUCGACCCACAGUAUGCACGUGGUCUCGGAGAAGGCCAAACUGUUCGAGUCGGGGAGGCCACUCUCGCCCGACGGGAUCGAUCGGGCCGAGCUGUACAAGAGUGAACUUAGCAGGAUAAAUACAAAACAGGUCGUUCAGAAUGUGGCCGUUCGACGGAAAGAGUUUGAACUGAAGGCGGAAAGUUCCGGCUGGCGGAGAUCCACAGAGGAAAAAGCCCGCUCGGUUAGUUCCGAUUCCGAGUCUCGCCGCACACCGGUCCGGGUGCGAUCACUCUCGGUAGAAUCGACCACCAUUAGGGAUCCGACAGCGGUUUAUGCCAGCAACAGCGACAAUCACAAUCACUUGCUCACCAGUGAAGGUGGACCCGGUGGACCCCCGUCCGGCCCUUGCUCAUUGCUCCGACAGCGACCGGUUCGGGAAAAUUCCUAUCGGAACGCUGUCCGUAACUCGACAGCAUUUUGGUUACAAGGACCGGCCACAUCGGGAGCAUUUGUACCGCCACCGUCAGCACUAAGUCCUCCUCCUGCUCCCUCAUCGGCACCCCCUACCAAUGGCCAUGCGGCCUUUUCUUUCACUAGCUCCCGAUCGCCCCCGCCAUCGUCCUCAUCGUUCGCGCCAGUUCCUCCGACGGCUCGUACCGCGUUUCAUCCUGCCGUCCAUCGGUUGCAGCCCCUCUCGGAGGAACAGUUCAAGCUGCGAUUGUUGCACCGCAACCAGACGAUCGUUGAGGUUCACAAUCAACCUUCGUCGUCUUCGCACGCGAGGGGUGCGGCCACGGUCGGCGGUGACACCAGUAGUAGCGAUGAGGGUGUCGGCGAUGGGGAUGUCGUCAUGAAGCUUGCUCCUCCCUGCUCCACCUAUUCCAUUUCCCCCCACUAUCUGGUCGCUUCCAGUGGUGGUUGUACCUCCACCACGGCCUCCAUCAGCACGGUUUCUGCAAGUGCCCCUGCGGUUUCCUCUAUCGGACACGCUACACCCAUUGCUAGCACCACCACCACCACCACCACUACUUCUACUAGUAUUGCACUGCAGGCGCCCAGUCGGCCAACGACAUUGAGUCUAUGUGCAGACUCCGGUCCGGUUGUGCUCCGCCAGAAGCAACAGCAGAACUCCUCUCAGCUGGCGAUCGAGGAGGAUGAGCGAAAAACGCGCCGGAUUUCCUACCUCCGGGCGACGGCUCACGACAACCUGUUCCAAAUGGAGAGCGACCCUUCGGACAGCAGUCCGAUGUCUCUUCCGCCAGACACACCCGACACCGAACCGGAACCAAUCGAUCACCAGCAGCAGCAGCAGCAGCAGCGACAAGGCGGCGGUGUUGGGGACAACUUGUUGUCCCAACUGCAGCAGCAGCCACAGCACCGAUUCCAUCAGCAGCAACAACAACUGCCGCAGCAACUCAAAAGCGCGUAUCGUCCUUGGCGACGUCCGCGCUUCACCACCGAUAUUCAGCCGCUGCGCCGACUCUUCGAUGAGUCAGCCCCACUCAUCAAUCUACCACCGAUUCUUGAGCAGUCGCAGCUGUCACCCCAGCCUAUCAUCGUUGCCGGAUCGGUAGUGGAUCUAACCAAACUGGUCCGUAGUCCGGAAGCUAGCGACGACGAAGAAUCGAUGUUUCACGGUGGUAGACCUGGAGUACCCCUGGCAGCAACACCAACACCACCGCCCUUGUCGUUGACGUCGUCGUCGUCUUCAUCGACGAUUGGUUUGGGCAGAUCGAUGGCGGUGAAGAAGCGGUCUUCCUCGCUGACGGCAGCGAUGCUCAGCAGCCAGCUUGGCGUCGGACAUCUGAAAGAUCUGCACAUGAUCACGAGCACCUCGGCUUCCGGGGUGAUCACGAGGAGUUACUUCUUCGCCCAAAGCCACGGUACGAAAUCGAAAGCGUUGGCCCACUUCCGGGACUCACCGGCAGAUCCCGCGGCGGCGGUUGUGCGCGAGGGCGAACUCAACGUCAAGGUGACGCUGAUCGACGGCAAGCGGUCCCAGGAUCGAAGCUGGCGGACGGUCCACGCCGAGCUGCGCGGCAAUCGGCUCAAGCUGACGUUGCUACGCGACGGGAAGAGCUCCAGCAAUCAGAGCCCUGAACCGUCGGGAAUAAUCGAUCUCACCAACUUCCACGUGGCCGAGGGGAACUACACCAAGCGGAAGAACGUCUUCAAGCUGACGACUGUUUCCUACCAGCCGUCGAGUGCCCAAUCCCAUCAGCAUCUGGCGGUGCACCAAACGCAGUCUGGUGGCGGUGGUGGACACCAACAGCACACGACCUCGGCCUCAUCCGGGGCCACCUCGCUGUACAAGGGCUACGAACGGGAGUUGCUGCUGCAGGCGGAUUCCCAGCAUGAUAUGCGACUGUGGAUGGAUUCGCUCAAGACCGUCUGCAGGAGCAGUCAGUAUUCGAACAGUAUUGACUACAUUAACAACCUCGGAGGCCAACAGGCGGAACCGCAGCGAGUGGCCGCCCUCACAAGUGUGCAAUCGGCUAGCAACGAUGAAUUUUCUCCCAUCCUGUCGACAAAAUCCCACCGCAAGUACACACUCGGGUCGCGAUCCCCCUCGGGUCAAUCACCCGUCACCAAGAGCCGUAAGACACCCCAGCAAAACUCGGCCGCCGUUCCGACGCCAUCGUCGUCGGUGGCAACCAGCAAUCAUCAUGCGCACGGACACCACCACAGCGGGAAGGAGAGUUCCGACAAGGAGACUGGCUCCCCGAAGUCGAAAACCUGGAAGGGGAUCGUGGCGCGACAGUUUCGCAAGAUGCAAGGUCAACCGGGCUCGCCCGGUAUCCAGAACCAGGAGAUGGUCCUGCCCGACGGAGCAUCCAUCAAUGUGCCACUCCCACUCUGUCCGCCUUCGGAUGAGAAUCCCUACGUUCCGCUGUUGCUGGCCAAAUGCACCGGAAUCGUCGAAUCCAAAGGACUGGGCGUGGUCGGAAUCUACCGGAUACCUGGCAACACGGCGGCCAUUUCCCAACUAACCGAACAGGUUAACCGCGGCAUGGACGAGGUGACGCUCCGGGAUCCCCGGUGGGACGAUGUAAACGUGGUAUCCUCGCUGCUGAAAUCCUUCAUCCGUAACCUGCCGGAUCCACUGCUGCCGAACGAGAUGUACCACAGCUUCAUCGAGGCCGACAAACAGUCCGGCCAGCAGAGGUUGAUCGAGUUGAAGCAACUGCUGAACAAAAUACCCACGUAUAAUCACGAGACGCUGAAGCAUCUGAUACGCCAUCUGUACGCUGUUAGCACCAAUGCGCUCGUCAAUCUGAUGGAUCCACGGAACCUGGCGAUCGUGUUUGGUCCCUCGGUGGUGCGCUCGGCCAACGAAUCGCUCGAGACCGCCGUCAAGGACAUGAAGCACCAGUGUCAGAUUGUGGAGGUGCUCAUUAAUCAUUACCAAUACUUCUUCGAGGACGAUCUGUUGCCGGAGAAAAUGUCUUCAACGACCGUUGAUUCUGGCUUGGAUGCACCGUCAACGAAUCUGCUGCUGGAUAAUGUUUCUAAAAUUGAACCCUUCAAAGAAUCAUCAAAGGAGAGUAGUUCACACUUCGUGGCCCAGAUCGUUCAGGCGGCAAAUAGGAAGAUUCGAAGAACGACACAGCGCAAAAGCACCAUGUCCUCAACCACACCGGAUACACUCUCGCUGGACAGUACAACCUCAGCCGAAUCGAAAGAGCAAUCAUCGCGGACGUCCCAUCGCUAUCUGCAUCCGAACAGUGCGGCGUUAGGAACAGGAGCGGGAGGAGGCGGAGGAGCUUCGAGUGGCAUUGGCAGCAUGACCAACGCUGCCGUCGCCGCUGCCGCCAAUGCUCCGCAACUGGAUCACCACCAAGUCGGACCGGGUGGUGUUGGAGGAGGCCCCGUUGUCCACUCGGACGACAGCCAGAAGGAGAAUUUAGUACAUCACCAUCACUAUCACCACUACCAUCACCAUCAUGGGGGCGGCGGCGGGAAUCGACACCACAGCGUUCAGAGCAAUGACGACAACUCAUCAGUAUUAAACCGAUCGUCCGAAGAGGACUCCAACGACAGUGCAUUCGCCGAUAAUGGUUCGAUGUCCCUCAAGACGGUAACGCUCACGUUGGACCACAAGCUGCGCUCGCUUCGUAACUCCUCGAUCGAUUCGGACCGGGACGUGGCGGAAACGACGCUGGAGAGUGACUGCGACAAUAGCAGCAGUUGCUACAGUGCGAAUGCUGGCACCGUCGCCGUCACCACCACCGGAACACCGACUCGCCGCUCUGUGCACCAUUCGCGACCCCUCACCCUGGGCGAAAACAUUCCAUACGCGGACGAGUCCCCGGAACGGCCACUGAUCCAGAGCCGGUCGAAACCGCUCCGCCAGCUGAGUAACACUAAUGGAAACUUUCCAAAAUCCUCGGAUCUCAGCAACAGCAACAGCAGCCUGUUCAACAACAACACGAGCAGCGUUGGCAGUAGCCCUACCGGUGGCAACGGCGCCGGCGUUCUGAAUGGUUCGGUGAAGUCCGCCCACUCGGAUAAAUCCAUCGACAGUAGCAGCGGUGGUGGCGGGAUGAUGACGACUACGGUGACAGCGAACUCGAGCGGUAACACAACAAACGACAGCUGUGUGACGCUCGUAAACGAAGAGGAGGAUGGCGAUGACGAGGAGGACAAGGUGAACAAUAUCUCCUUGAGUUCCGAUGAUACGGACACUUCGACGACGAGCAAUCCGCGGGAGAAGCUGACCGCUGCGACGUAUCGCAUCGACACGGAAGUGCUGAAGAAGAUGAACCGCAUACUGACGAAUCUGGAGCGCAAGGCGAACAACCUCGAGCGGAAGUUCAACCUGAACCGGUCGCUCUCGUUGAACUACAAGAACCACAAGAACCUGGAGUGCUGCUGUGGGCACACGGUGGCCAAUAGUGGGGCGAUACCGUCGGCCCAGUGCUGCAAUAACAAUAACAACAAUAACAAUAUGCACAACCAGCAGAACAAUAACAACAGCGUGAGCGUUCACAACAGCUUGAAUGUGCGGUCGCGUCUUUCGCUGACGAAGGACGAGAAAACGGACAAGAACAUCAACCGGAGGAGACAAAUUCAUGAUGUCAGCCAGACCGCACCGGUGUCGGGUGAGGGUGUCUGCUGCGGCGCCGAACAUCAUCAACAUCACACAUCCCAGCAGCAGCAGCACCAGCAGCAACAGGGACCACAGAUCAUAUUGACGCCGACACCGGUGAAUCCUCAACCGAACGGCGGAGGAGGCGGAGGGGGAAGACAUCGAAGGCAGGUGGGCAGCAGAUCCAUCAGGAGGAGACACACGGUUGGGGGAACACACGAUUACUGCUCGAACAAGAUUGUGAACAAUCACGGUCACAAUGGAAUGCAGUGUCAACAGCAGCAGCAACAACAUGGUUCCGGUGGAAGAGGGCUGGCGGGAGGGUGCACCGCUGUAGUGCAGCAGGGCGUUUGUGGGGGCGAAGAGAAGUGAGGGUUUCGGGAUAAAGGGAUUAGUGUUUGUGUGUGCGUUUGAGAGAAAAGCGAAUGGAAAGAAAAUCAGAUGCUGAUUUUCAUUGCGUUCUGAAUCGUUGAAUCAGAAUGAGUGUCUAUUGUUUCUGUAAUUUGAUAAGUUUUGCACCCGAGAGGAUCAUGUAUGUGGACGCAAUGCGUAAUUUUGUUUCGUAUAUUAUGAUCUUUGGUUUUGUACAGGACUUGUAUCGUGCUGUCACUUUCGCUACUAAAAUUUUCGUAGCUGUCAUAGGUUUGCGUCAAACUUUUUGUAAUUAGUUACUCUACUAUUGUGAAAUUUUGCGCCCGGUAAACCGACAAAGCCAUUUUUAGACUACCCGUCCAAUAGACAAAAAAAAUCUAGUUUAAUAUAGAGGUCGACAUUGGUCGAAAUACAUUCGAAAAAUUUGUUGGCCAACCGACCGUUCACCGGUCUAGGACCUAACGAAUUAGAGAUGUCCAGCUUCGUCUGUCUUGGGCAGCCGUUCUCCAGUCACCUCGUACACCAGCAGAUCGUGCAUCCUCUUCCACCGCGCACAUCCACCGUGUGCGAGGCCUACCACGAAGUCGACGGCCACUCCCUGGUUCUCUGCUGCUCUGCUAGAUGUCCAGCCCACUGCAGCCUGCCACGCCGUGUUACCUUCACUAUAUCAGCGUGUUUGUAUAUCUGGUGUACCUGGUGUACUCGUAAUUCAUGCGCCUGCGCCACACACCAUCUUCCAAUUUACCGCCAAGUAUCGAUCGCAGAACUUUACGCUCAAAAACUUCGAGCACUCGUCGGUCGGCUUCCUUCAGCGUCCAUGCUUCAUGUCCAUAAAGGCCCGCCGGGGGGAUCAGCGUCCUAUACAGCACUUGUUUUGUAAGUUUCACUUCACGACUCAUAUCGUUGUCACAUGUCACAAGCGUACCAAGAUACACGGAUUCAUCAACCACUUCAAACCGUUCCCCAUCAAUCUCCACUUCAGCACCAAUACCACCGGAACCUCCACGCUCCCUGCCAGCUACGACGUACUUUCGUGAUGUACGUACGUUUUCGUGAUGAUCGUACCGUUUCUUUGCACGUUCGCUCUUCGUUCGUUGCUGAUUCAAGGACUAUGUUAAACAGUAAGUUGGAGAGCGCAUCCCCCUGCUUCAGUCCAUCUAACGUUGCGAACGCGGCUGAUGUCUCGCCAGCUAUCCGCACGCAUGACUCCGAUCCUUCCAGUGUCAUACGACUCAGCUUAAUUAGUUUCGUCGGGAAACCGUGUUCCUGCAUAAUCUGCCACAGCUCGUUUCUUUUCACUGAGUCGUAUGCCGCCUUGAAAUCUACUAACAGACGGUGAGUCUGCAAGUUAUACUCACGGCACUUGUCAAGGAUCUGUCGUAGGGUGAACAUUUGAUCCGUCGUGGAACGCCCCUGUCGAAAACCAGAUGAAGGUAUUCGCCGACGAAGGAUUCCGUUAGCGGUCUCAAUCUGAGGAACAGGAUACGGGAGAGCACUUUGUAUGCGGAGUUGAGCAACGUAAUGCCUCGAUAGUUGCUACAAUCGAGUCGAUAGUCCUUGUAGAUUGGGAAUAUAGUCGUUCGGCAUUUGCUCAUCCGCCCAGAUCCUCAGUAUGAUCUGGUGUAUCGCAUCGUACAGCCGCUAGCUUCCCGCUUUUCGAAUUUCGGUCGGGAUACCAUCUUUCCCAGCGGACUUGCCGUUACCUACUCACUAAUCGCCUUUUUAACCUCCUCCUAUGUUGGUAACGCCACAGCUUGUUUGUCAUUCAUAAUCCUCAUCCUCAUUCUGUUCCUGUUUUGCUCAUCUUGGUCCUCAAUAGCGCCUGAAAGUGCUCCGUCCACCUGACUGCAACCACGGAUUCUCAGUAAGCAGGCUGCCGUCCUUAUCAUUACACAUCACCGGCGCAGGAAAAUUCCUGCUUCUGACUGUUGACUGUUGUAUAGAAGCUCCGCACGUCGUUUCUAGCAAAGUUGUCUUCUGUGCUGGCGAGCACCUGCUUCUCGUACGCGCUUCUUCUGACGGUGGACUCCAUUUUCGGCAGCUCUUGCCUCCCUGCAUCUCUCUCUGUCGCUCCCUGUCUUCUCGUCUGUCGCUCUCUGGCACUCGGCAUCAAACCAGUCGUUACGCUGUCUUCCCCGCGUACGUACCUAACACCUCUCUCGCAGUCGUUUCAAUGGCACCGUGAAUAGUACUCCACAGCCCAUUUAUAUCUUGUUCCUCCUGCUGUUCUGCGAUCCGUUCAUCCAGCUCUCAGGCGUAUUCUUCUGCUACGCCAUCUGCUUUCAAGUGCCGACCGUUCAUCAGUACGUGAUCGAUCUGAGAGCAGGCUUUCCAUUUGGUUGCCUCCAGGCACCCAGGUAUCCGAAUAUUUAAACGUGGAAAAUAGGAGCUACAUAUGGCCAUUCCUCUGGCCGCGGCAAAGUUUAUCAGCCUCAGGCCGUUUUCAUUGGUUGACGAGUGAAGGCUGUGCCUUCCAAUGACCGGACGGAAAAAUUCCUCCCUCCCAACCUUUCGUUUGUAUCUUCGAUGACGGCUUUUACGUCGUGCUUUGGGCACUCGCCAUAGGUUCGUUCUAGUUUUUCGUAGAAAUCAUCUUUGACGUCAUCAGAUUUGUUGUUGCCGGUGCGUAGGUGUUAAUUUAACUGUAGUUGAAGAAUUUGCCCUUAAUUCUCAACCCGCAUAUACGGUCAUCUACGGGCCUCCACCGGAUGACUCUUGUUUUCUGUUUUCCCAGCACCACGAAACCGACGACCUGUUCCGCUGCUUUGCCGCCACUGUAGAAGAAUUGGUACUGGUACUUCAAAGAAGUGUGUGCAAUAGGGUCUCCUGCACGGAAUACAUUUAAUGUGGGAUCUAAAGUUUGAUUGGGAUACACGUUGGGUUCAGUUCCCGAUCAGUCAAGAAAACUUCCCAUUGCUGGCAUUGUACCGAGUCUUCAGAGUUUUUGGAAGGAUAAAUCACAUUCCAAAUCACUUGAAAACAAAAGUCCACUUUGCUACGCAAAGUUUAACAAUCCAUCAUGUGCAAUUCUCCCACUAAAGCGUACUCAACUUAAAGCAAAACCAUUCAUUUGAUAGACUCUCAUAUAGAAGACCGUGCUGCGUUGUUUUCCGUCUUCUUUGGUUUCACUACUCCGAUUUCUAUUUCUUUAAAUAAGCACACGACCGGCUUCUUCCCGUGUCUCGACCGUGCCGACACUAACUAACUCACUGCCGACUAAAUGCCCGACACAAACCAACAAACUUCUUCAUUCUUCUCUCCUUUUCCAUAUAUAUCAUUUCAUGUUUUUCUUAUCUUAUGGCGGGUUUACAUUAGGGAGAUCUAUAGCUAUAGAUGGAUUUAUUCACGUGAAAAUAGGUGUAAACGGGUGAGAAUAAAUAUGAUACACUUAUUCGAGGUAUAUAUAACUUGAAUAAAUUCAGCAUAUGUAAACGCUUGUGAAUUUCUCACUGGUGAGAAAUCACUAAAGUUGGAUGCAGUUCUACUUUAGGUGAAUAAAUUCACCGAAAAUAUGAAUAUAUUCAUUAUAGAAGUUCACGCUAGUGUAAACGGUUGAUGCGAUUUCUAUAAAUCUCAUCAUAUUUCUUCACAUGAAUAUAUCCCUAGUCUAAACCCACCCUUACGUUCUAUUACCUCCUCCUUGAGGUAUAAUCAAGCUAAAGGGAUUCGAGAUAAACUUUUCUUAACCUAGACCCUAUCUCUACAUAAAAAUAAACUUUGAGUCAUACGAUCGUAAAAGCAACAAAUUAAUUUAUUUGUUCGGGAUCGUUCUGACCUUAUCGUAAAUGUGUCCCUAUCUGAAAAACUAAAGACGCGUCCACAUUACGCCAAACGGCCUUGGCCGCCCGGUAAAGCCGACUAAAUGUGGACGUACCGCCCGGGCUUGCCGACGUGCCGAAAACCGACUCGAAUCAAACCGAACCCAACCCGAAACAAGUGGGUCCGGUUCGAGAAAGUCGAACCAAAACAAAGCGAAGUAAAUUAGCGUUCAUGACAUUGUGCUUCGUGUGUUCGUGACGGCUUCGUGCAUCCGAUGGGAUUUCGGCUUCGUGCACCCGAUGAGGCGUCCACAUAACGAUACACAGCGUUGCCAAUGUUCCAGUUUAAACUGGAUUCUUCCAGUUAAUUUUCCUCGAUCCAGUCAAACAGUUAAACCCUAAAAUCUUCCAGUUUUUCAAAAUAUUGUCCAGUUUUAUCCAGUUUUUAUAUGUGUGCUUCAGUUUUACUAAUUUUAUGUAAAAUAAAUUCACAACGCAAAAAUAUUAUCCGUGCUAUUCUUUGACCAAUUUUGUUUUUUGACAUUUUUCGUUAGAUCAAUUCAAGGUGUACUUACGAUAUUUUAUGUUAUUUAUACCUUACGCACAUUAUAGAGCUCCAUUUGCGACGACGAGGAGUUAUCUUUGAGAAAUCUGAAAAGAUAUCCGGAAGAACUAUAAAUCCAAUCGUAACGGCGAUAUAUUCCAUUAUUCCAUUAUACCAAACUUAAAGGAGAAGGGUUAUCUUUUGGAAACCUCAGAAGGUAACCGAGAGAACUCUCCCAAAACCAAUAUUUCCGGCGAUAUGUUCCGUCAUCAAUCGCGCGUACUCUGUAUUGAGCUACAAUUGCGACGGUGGAGAGUUAUCUUUCUUUACGUAAUAGCGAUGCAUAACAGCUAUUACAAACGUCCUCCUUGGGGGAUUCGGACCCUCUGCUCUGGCUUUUUGGACAUGUUAAUAUACAGAUUCGCCAUUGGCAGGCGAAGGUUUUAUAUUUCACAUUUUUGAUGAGUGCGGAAAAGAUAGCAGCGAAGAUGGCCGCAAGAAACACUACAGAAAUGCCAAAACUCGAGUUAGAAGGAAAAUAACAGAGGAUUGAAGUUAGGUUUGAUGGAGUGAUCUACAAAAACCGUGUGAGCCUCAUGCAUUAAAAUUGAUGACAUUGUCGGGCAAAUGAAUAGGAGAUGUUUCAUGUUUUAUCAAAAUAAAACCGUAAUUUCUAGAGGUUCUAGAAGAAAAGAUCCUCAAAUAUUGUUUCACAGUAAUGUUCGAGUGGUGGAAAACGUUAUUUUUGAUCUGCUCGAAUGGUUGUUUAUGAACUACAUAUAAAUACUCCAUGAAGCUUCGAAGAAAAUUCUAUUUCUCAAGCAUUGGAAUAAAUAAACAAAUUAUGGUCGAUCUGCAUCAUUCGGCAUAAUGUGGACGCGUCUUAAGACUCAUACGAUCGUAAAAGCAACAGAUUAAUUUAUUUACUCGGGAUCGCUCCGAUCUUAUCUUUUACCCCUGCACAAAAAUAAACUAUGAAUCAUACUAACUGCGAAGAGAAUUGUAUGAAGUUUAUUCAGGCGCGACGUAUUGAUAAUUCUGGUUUUAGGUCGUCGCACUUCCACGAUUCUCGCGAACGAUACAGCAGCUCCAUCUUCUCACGAUCUUGUUUUGUUUAUCGUCGCGAUUUGGACUCAUCACUCGAUACUCUCAGCUUAGGGUUCAACAUGAAAGCGCUACUGUUAUUAUCACCGCUGUAGCUUCUGAGUAGUCAGAAUGAACAAGUUUCAGAAAACAGCGGAUGACUGUGAUUCCCAGUCUUCAGAAAGCAACUCGGUGCUGAUGCGCAACAAGAGUUUUGUACCCAGUUGAGCACCCACUCCUUGCGCACACAUGCGCUCUGGCGAAUGAGCACGCUCCGAAACACAGAUGAAAUGUUUGGUUGUCAGCGCCGUGGGCGCAAGCCCAGUUUUAAGCUGAGUUUUACGUUGAAAUUUGCGCCGUGCUGCGCGCUUGAAUCUGGAUUGCUCUCUCUGUUGAGAUAUUUUUCUUCACACAUGCGUAUACGGUUCAAAUGGGGGCGCACUGUUGUUUUCAUGCUUUGCUUAGAACGAACGAAGACAAAGCGGGCGCUAGAAUUUGAUGUGUAUGUGUGUGUGUAUAUAGAGUGAGACGCGCAUCACACAAGUGAGAAGAAAUGUUUAGUAUCUGAGUUCUGCGCUGGGUACAUUUUGUGGUGUCGUGCUUAUGAGUUUUGUGCGCUUCGCACCAAGAGAGAAUACGAGUGUUCUUUGAGCGCGCGCUGAUGAAAAUUAAACUCAAGCGCAGCGCUGCGUUUGUUUUCUGAAGACUGGUGAUUCUGAAAUUGGAAGCAAUUCCCCUGAUAUCAUUCCUUUACAAAAAAUCCCCAUAGAGAUCGAAUACCACAACCGCUUAUUGCCGUAGGACUACGUCUAACCAGGAGAUAUAGUGGGUAAAAUGAAAAUCUAGGCACCGAACAAGUGGGAAAAAUGAAAGAUUUGCAACGCUUACAACUUAUGAUAGAUAGCAAAGAUGUUUACAUCAAUUGAUAGGCAAUAUUUCUUAAACAUUUUAUUAUUCUUGGGAUAAACAAUGGAAUAAUUGUGAAACUUCAAGCAUUGUUCAAACGUAGUAUGUGCCUCGUUUUAAUUGGUCCAAUAUGUGCUCCUCAAAUGGUUCUGACCAAAAGGAGUCCUACGUCUUUCGGUUAUGUCCCCGACAUUACCCACCCGUCUUUGUCGGACACCAAAUUCGUAAAAAAUCCAAAUGGAAAUUCCGGAAAAAAUUAAAUAAUAAUCUUUUUGCGAUCCAAAACACCUAAAGGUACAAACGUCAAUACUUGAACGUUUUCAUCUUCGAAACAAUAGGCGUUGAAUCCGUUUCUCAAGUUGUCUGUAUUUCAAACACAAUCGACCUCUCUUUCAUCAGUAAAUGGUUCGCUAUUCUGUACCCACGAGUGAAAAGUAGUCUUAUAUUUUUUUUUUCUGUCACCGCGUGGUCACCUCUAAUCAAUGAUCUCCCAACGUUUUUGUAAACGCAAAUUUUUCGGGCGGCCCAGUUUAUCAAGUUCUGAAAUGAUCAGCAAUAAUUUCCAUCGAAAAUAUACGUGAAAAAAAAAGACACUCAAACCCUGCACAACUCGCCUUAAUACCAAACGCCUUAAAUGAGGGAACAAACAAACAAAAGGCAAAGCAAGUGAAAAAUUAGUGAGAUCUAUCAAAACAAAGUCCAAUUCAAUACAGUAUUCAUGUGACGAGACCUUUGCGCCUUCCUAAAUGUUAAAACAAAGAAUUACAUUCAUAAUAACGGAUCGAAUUAUUUUUUAUCGCGAACGGCGACUAUAAUUGGUUGGAUUCCUCCUGAUAAUCUUUAUCGCGAGGCAACAUGCAAAAGAAAAAUACUGCAGCUAAACUAGUAAGUAGUAGCGGUGGGAACGAUUUAAAAUUAAAAAGACAAAUGUGAUUAUUUAUUUAAGAGCAAACGCGCGAAAUUUCAUGUGUACAUUUCAUACCUUCUCCUAAAUUUGGUUCUUGUUAUAUACUUUAGUUUUUGUUUAUCUGUUAUUACUCGUAAAAACAAACAAAAAAGAAACCUCUCAUCGAAUUGUUGAGAAUAUGAGAAUUGUUUAGGAUUAUUUUAAGUAGCUUUUUAUUGGUUAGCAGCUUCUUUUUUCCAAGUUUUCAUCAAAUGAAAAAUAUGUCGACGCGCGUCCGCGAACUACGCGUGCGAACUCCCCCCUCAACAGGUGUUAUUGUGUUACAGGAGUGAUGAUAAGUUCGCAUUAAGAUAAAGAAAAACAUCGAUUUCAGCCGACAGCACGCCCCCCGCGUGCGCGUAAAUGUUUGAUUAGUUAGUAAGUGCGAUUGUGCAACUUACACACGUAGGAUUAUUACAGCGUAAAACACCCACACACACAUCUAUGAUUAAAUAAUGAUUAUUGUUAGUAUUUUUCAAGUGUAGCCAAUAGCGCGUGUGAUGAAGGAAGCUUAUCAAAAAUUCUCCCGUCGAUUCUUUGAUGAUUUGGCGGUUUUUGUUUUGGUUUUGUUUCACCUGUAAAUAUAGUGUGUGUGUUUGUCACAAAAACGGAUUGAUUGCAAAUGGGAUUGCAGUAGAAAAAAGCGAAAACAAGGUAGGUGUGUUUGGGAUAUAUAUGGAGAUAUACGAAACGAGCGAACUGUAGGAACCGACAGAAGCCGUAGAAGAUAAGCUUAAACCGUUCGAAUUCAAGUAUGAUACCCAAUUGUGAAUAAACCUAGAUGUGAAUAAAGUAGAGCGAUAAUGAAGCAACAAUUUCAUAAGAA